AGUACUUAUUGUCUUUGGCCAGAAUUCCCCUGAGAGUGGCAAAGGUCCGGGAUGACGCAAUGAAUGGACACACAGCGAUGCUCCUUUAAAAGCUGAGCGCAGGUGAUGAGAACUCAUCUUGGGCUGGACACAGAGCCUUCAUACUCCUCAGUUUCUACCAUGCCUUAGAGCCCUUGUCUGUCCUGAGAGUCAUGGCAACCUGCUGUACCUCCCUGCCCCUGGGCCUCCUUGUCCUGUCUCUGCUGUGUGUGGCUACUGCUGACGUCCGUGUGUGGGGCAUCCGUGCCUACGGCCUGUACGGCGACCCUUGGGGCCCCCCUGACCCCUACGUCAAAGUGUACUGUGGCCAUGCUUUUGGCGGCAUGACAGAUUUCAGACGGGACAACGCCAACCCCUCCUGGAGCGCUCAGUUCAGCUUCCCCAGCGGAAGACCUGGAGAUGUCCUCAGACUGGAGGUGUGGGAUAAGGACCUGAUGAAUGACGACCAUCUGGGGACCUGCAUUACUACUGUACAACGUGGCAGCCUAUCGCUCUCUUGCUCAAUUGGGAAUGGCAGGCUAGAGUUACGCUACGAGCUGUGAUUGUUGCCAUCUUGCUACAGAUUUAUACAUUCUGUCUAUAAGAGCUAUGGCUCACUGUAGAGGAUGUGUAUACCUGCAGUUUUGGCACAUUUUUUAUGAGAAUUAAAAAAACUUCGACUGCAA